CGAAGGCGUGCCGCUGCUGAAGAUGCACGCUGGGUAAGUCGUACAGUCCGCCAUCCACUCUCUCCUGCACGCGAAUCAAUCUCAAUCCGUCCGAUGCUAAUGCGGCACAGCCAUAUCCCCGUCGACCCGGCCAAUAACGGCCACCUCUUCUUCUGGCACUUCGCUAACCGCCACCUCGCCGACAAGCCGCGCACCGUCCUCUGGCUGAACGGCGGGCCGGGCUGCAGCUCGGAAGACGGAGCGCUGAUGGAGAUCGGGCCGUAUCGGGUACGCGAAGGGGGCCAGCUGGAGCUCAACCCGGGGUCGUGGGACGAGUUCGCGAACGUGCUGUUCGUGGAUCAGCCGGUGGGGACGGGGUUUAGCUACGUGGAUACAAAUAGCUACGUGCAUGAAUUGGGGGAGAUGGCGGGACAGUUUGUGGUGUUUUUGGAGAAUUACUAUAAGUUGUUUCCGGAGGCGAUGGGGGACGAGCUCUACAUCGCAGGCGAAUCGUACGCCGGCCAAUAUAUCCCGUACAUCGCGAAAGCCAUUCUGGAACGCAACAAGAAGAACCUGGCUCACCCCAUCAACCUCGAAGGCCUGAUCAUCGGCAACGGCUGGAUCUCCCCGGCCGCCCAAUACCCCUCGUACCUCCAAUACGCCUACAAAGCCGGAUUGAUCGAAAGCGGAUCGGCCCAAGACACCCAAGUGCAAGCCCAGCAAUCUAUCUGCAUGAAGGCGCUCAAGGCCGGUGCGUCUAACCAGGUCGACACCAGCUCCUGCGAGCUGAUCCUCCAGGAGAUCCUCCGCGCCACCCAGGACCACACCGACACGCCCUGCGUCAACAUGUACGACGUGCGCCUCCGCGACACCUACCCCUCCUGCGGCAUGAACUGGCCCCCGGACCUCGAUCACGUCACCCCGUACCUCCGCCGCGACGACGUCAAGCAAGCCCUCCACGUCGACGGCGCCAAGCGCACCGGCUGGACCGAAUGCAACGGCGCGGUCGGCGGCGCCUUCACCGCGCGCAACUCCGUGCCGUCCGUCCACCUCCUCCCCGACCUCCUUGAGGAAGUCCCCAUCGUGCUGUUCUCCGGCGACAAGGAUCUCAUCUGCAACCACAUCGGCACCGAGGACCUCAUCCACAGCCUGUCCUUCAACGGCGGCACCGGAUUCGAGAUCUCCCCCGGCGUCUGGGCGCCGCGCCGCCAAUGGACCUUCGAAGGCGAGCCCGCCGGCCUCUACCAGGAAGCCCGCAACCUCACCUACGUCCUCUUCUACAACUCCAGCCACAUGGUCCCCUUCGACUACCCGCGCCGCACGCGCGACAUGCUCGACCGGUUCAUAGGCGUCGACAUCGCCAGCAUCGGCGGGCAGCCGGCGAAGAGCGUGCUAGACGGCGAGGACGCCGGACCGCAGACCAGCGUCGGCGGGCAUCCGAACUCGACGACCGCGCAGCAGGAGCAGGUGCAGAAGCUGAAGGACGCGGAGUGGAAGGCGUAUUAUCGCAGCGGAGAGAUCGCGUUGGUAGUGGUGGCGUUGGCGGCGGGUGG